ACAAAAUGGCCUCUUCCGGCUCGGUCAGGCUGCGCGUGCCUGGUUGCCUGGCAACCGCCCCGCUCUCCUCCGGCCUAGCUCCCGAGGCGCCCGCGCGAAAACACACACCUGUUGUUGUUGGGGGUUUUUUUUUUGGGGGGGGGAUGGCCAAAUUCGUGCUCGCAGGGAAGGCCGAUUGCCCCUAUUAUGCUAAGGCAGAACUCCUUGCUGAUUAUUUGCAGAAAAAUCUGCCUCACUUCAGGAUACACAAGAUUACUCAGCAUCCAGACAACUGGGAGAAGUGGCUGCAGGAGAUCUGUGAACAGAAUGGAUGGAAACAUAAGCGCUCUCCAAUUAUUUGGAGGGAAUUGUUGGACCGUGGAGGAAAGGGACUUCUUCUGGGAGGAUUCAAUGAAUUCCUUGAACACGCCCAGCAAUACUAUAACAUCACAUCCGACAUGAUGACUGAACAGAUGCUCUUAAUAGCCAAGGAGAACUUGCAGACUCACAUAGUGAUUGACCAAGAGGAGGAAGAACUUAAAGGCCUUAUCAAUCCAUUACACAUUUGGAUAAACAGAGCAUCAGCUAGUAUCUGCUAUCAUCUGAUCCCUUUGUUAAUCAAUGGGGAAAUAUUUGGAAUGGAAACUGAGAUCAGCCUCCACUUGCUUGACAGAAAGGGCUGUGAAGAACUUCUUGAAGCUAUCGUUAUGGAGACUGAGGACUUGGCGUCCCCUGUCCUUCGUGGUAUCACUUUGUACACUGAACUGGACGACCAGACUUUUCUCGAAGCGGAAGUCAUCAUUUUGCUUGAUGACAUCCUUCAAGAGGCAAUCCCAUCUCUUGAAGAAUGCAUCCAGCAAGUUACCAAUCAAUGUGAAAUAUAUGGUCCUCUGAUAGAGAAGAAUGCCAGAAGUAAUGUCAGGGUUGUUGUGAUGGGGAAAACCUUUGUCAACCUUAAGGCGUUGAUGCUUAUUACACAUGCUCCGUCCAUCAACCCUCAGAAUAUUGUCACUGUAUCCCUGCUCUUGGAAAAUGAAGCCAAGGCCAUGCUGGCGAGAAAAAUGGGAAUGCAUCCAGCAGGAAUAAAAAAUCUCGUAGUCUGGGGUAAUAUCAGUGGGAACAGCUUCAUCGAUCUGAGUAAAACACAGCUCUAUAGAUAUGACAGCGCCAUCUGGGGCCCACCAACCUUUUCCCGUGAUUUGAUGGAUGUCCUGUUUGAUCGUGAAUGGAUACGAGCAGAGUUUCUGACUGCAAUGAGUUCGUUGAGUUCCUGGGAAAUUCAUUGCGUAGGCAUAGCGCCAGCACAUGCCAUUUUUACUGUGCUGAGGUACUGGUACCUGGACUCCCCUCCAGGAGAACUGGUCUCCCUGGGAGUACUCAGUGAAGGUCAGUUUGGGAUUCCUGAGGGAAUUGUCUACUCCAUGCCUGUAACUUUCCAGAAUGGCAGCUGGAAGGUCUCUACAGAUCUACAAAUUAGUGAGAAAAACCAAGAAAGUCUUCAGAAUCUAACCUAUGAUCUGAUUCGGGAAAAGCAAGUUGCAUUAGGUGAAGUAACAGAAUUGUAUCCAGAGAGAAAAGUCAGCCCUGUGCCACAUUCAGCAGAGGAAGACGAAAGCAUCCAAGCUGAGGAGGAAGGACUUGGACUUUCACCCAGUAGCCAAGGAAUUGCCUCUGAAAAAGGUGGCGAAACUCCUGCUGAAGGACUUAGACCGUCACCCAGCGGCCAAGGAAUCACCUCAGAAAUCACCGAAGAAACUUCUGAAGAGGCUGAAGGUUCCCCUAGUGAGGCAAAGAAUCCUGAAGAAAACAUCGAAGAACACACAGGCGAAAAUGCAGAAGAUCCUGUAGAUGCUCCAGAUUUGUCUUAAGCAGAUGCCAACUUGAGGAAUCAAGAAUUAAGUUCAGAAUUCACUGCUGCUUAAUUCAGCUGCCUCAGAGAAAAUCCCUGGAUGCAGAAGCUUCUGCUGCUCAACAACAGGAAAAUGUUAAUUCUUCUUUCUGAAUGUAAUGAACUAAGUAACUGUGUAAAAACUUAA